GCGUCCCGCUCCGCAGCCCACUCGUCGCCCGGCAUGGAGCGCUGCGGAGGAGACGGGGCCUGGAGCGCGCCUCGGGGGAGAAGGAAGCGGCGGGAGCGGAGGAGGAAGGGCCGGGACGGGGCCUCGGAGGAGCAGGAGGAGGAGGAGCGGCAGAGGCGGCGCCUGCAGGAGGCCCGGGCCGACCUGCUGGACUCCGAGUUCUGGAAUUCAAGUCUGAAAAUCCUCUUAAGGUCCGUGCGAGAAGUCCUGGCCCGCGGGAGAGAGGUGCCCGUGCCCACCGGGGAAGAUGCCCUCUUGGCCUUGGAGGAGCUGCAGCUGUGCCCCCCCGCCCUUCCGCCCGGACGAGCGCACCUGCGGUGUGUGUGUUACGGCCUGGGCAACUUCUCUUCUUGCUCUAAGGCCCGCUUCCAGCUGGCCUUCUUGCUGCUGCUGCUGAAGGAUGGCUGCCUCUGCCUCCCUCCCUGGCAGAUUCCUGAGGAGCUGUGUUGCAUCUUUGAUCCUGCUUUCUCCACGUUGGAAAGGGAGGUCCUCAGCGGCCUCGGUUUCUCUGUCCUCUCGCGGAAUGAGGAGGGGAAGCGCCCCGCCGAGGAGCCCACCCUCUUCUACAUGGUCCACUGUGGGAAAGCCCUCUACAACAACCUCCUGUGGAGCAACUGGUCAGCGGAGGCCUUGUCCCAAAUGGUCGUCGUGGGCAACAGUUUCAAGGGGAUUGAAGAAAGGGUCCCGACCAGGAUAUUCCAAACGGAUUACGCUUACAUCGCCAAGAUUCUAACAGCCUCUAAGGAAGAAGCCCUCCCUCCCCACACCCGGUAUCUGGAUGUGUUCAACGACACGGCGGUCCACCGCUUCCCUUGGCACAAACUGAGGGAGGUGCCCCAAGAGACUUGGGACUUCCGGGAGGAGCCUGUGUACCGUUCGGAGGACCAGCUAGAGAUCAUCAGAAACAGUGACGUGACUUAGCUUCGGAGAAAUUGGACAGGAGGCAGAGUUGACUGAAAGGCUGUACUUAGCUUCUGGCUUUGUACCAAGCUGAAUCUACCAGCUCCGGAAGCAGAGGGCCAACCGUGCCAUGGGAUCCUCGGGCAGAGCUCAGUAGAGGCCCGGGGCAUCAGGCGGACGCAUCAGCAAGCAGCAGAACCAAACCAGGGAGGAGGAGGAGGGGGACAGGAGGGUUUGACGUCUCUGGGAUCGCCUUGAGUCCUGCGAGGGACCCGGCCCAGCUGGGAUCUCGUCUCCUCUCCGGCUCACGUGCUGCUUGCGGUCUGGUUUGGCUUAAAGGCUGCUGCAUCAGCCAGAGAAAGAGGCAGCUGUUCUGGGAUACGAAAC